UGACAGAUAAUUAUCUCUUUUCACGGAUCAUCGAACGUCCUUCGAGCCGCAGCAAGGCGAGACUACUGCCUCCUAAAAGCAUCACACUCUCUCACUGCACUCUAAUCAGACGUCUAACAUUUCCCUUCAUUCAAGUAAGGCAGAUGUCUACCGCCUUUCAAGUCAGUGAAUCGUGGAAAGGGUUUCCCUCCUUACGCUACUUGAUUAUAUUGGGCGACUCGUGUAGCGAUGUCGGGUAUUGGUCUGGGCAUCCUACCCCGUACGAACCACUCGCAGUGCCAUUCCCAGGCGAAACAUACGCUGAGCACGGCCUUCCCAACUGGGUUGGACACCUGAUCACGAAGCAUUGCCCUUCACCGCGUUACUGUCCUGAUCUUCCCGAUGAGGAGCAAGACGAGGAAUAUGUGGAAUCCCCUCUCCUGAUUUACGACUAUGCAGUCGGCGGAAAUACGGUUUCGGGAAUCGUUUUCCAAAUUGAUAACGUUUUCUUGCCGAGUCUCAAGAAGACGCCGGCUGAAUGGUGCGCCACAGACACACUUUUUGGGACAUGGAUUGGGAUUAACGAUUGUGGGAAAGAUAUCCAGCCUUCAACUGCCUUCGAAGCGCUAUUCGCUGCUCAAGAAAAACUACUGGAAGCUGGCGCUCGGAAUUUCUUGUUCAUCGAUGUCCCACCUAUUCAUCGAACGCCCAACGGACCUGAUGGAAAACAGCAGGCCAUAUCUUAUCGGUAUAUCCACUGGAAUCUCGCUCUGACCCGAGCAGUCGCCAAAUUUACCAAGGCUCACAAAGACAUUUCGGUCUUCUUAUUCUCCACAUACGAGCUGUUCGAGGGGAUGCUGACUGACCCACGUGCGUACGACAUCGACCCGGAAGAACUGGAGAAAGCAGGUGGGCAGGUAUGGGUGGACGAACUUCACCCUACAAGUAAAGUGCAUGACCAUAUAGCGGCCGCUAUAGCCACCUUCUUGAACACUGUCAAAGCUAAAUAAC